UUUCCUGAUCUCAUCGAAUUGAGCAGAUCUGUAGCGGGACAAGCUUCAGACACCUUUAUAGGAUUUAAAACUUUUUUUUUUUUCCAACCCAAAGAACAUUUUAUACACAUUGAAGCUGUUUCUGACAACUGUUCACCUGUGGAGGAUGGAAAAGUGACGACUUUUCCAGUAUCUGAGGCCAGCUGUUCUUCUUGAAGGUGCAGGAUGAAAAUAUGGCAGAACACCUUGUACCACCAGGUCCUGAUAGCCUCCAUCCACUCACCCUUGAGUCACUCAAAGCCAUUGAGAAACGGAUCGCUGAGAAGAAAGCCAAGAAGCCCAACGAUGAAGAGAAAACAUGCAAGUAUGAGGAUGAGCUCAAACCAAGCCGUGAUCUGGAGGAAGGCAAGCCUCUCCCACGUUUUUAUGACAUUCCUGCAGGCCUGGUGUCGACAGCGCUGGAAGACCUGGAUCCCUACUACUAUGAUAAAAAAACUUUUAUAGUAAUAAACAACAAGAAGUUUAUUUAUCGAUUCAACGCUGCUCCCGCCUUCUACCUUCUGACCCCCUUCCAUCCUAUCAGAAGGCUAUCAUUUAAAGUUCUGGUGCACUCAUAUCCUUUCAUUAAUAUGUUCAGCAUGCUGAUCAUGUGUACUAUUCUCACCAACUCUGCAUUCAUGACUCUCCAUAACCAACCAGAUUGGGCAAAGCACGUAGAGUACACAUUUACUGCAAUCUACACCUUUGAGUUCAUAAUUAAGGUUUUAGCAAGAGGAUUCUGCAUAGGGAAGUUCACAUUCUUAAGAGAUCCCUGGAACUGGCUGGACUUCUGUGUCAUUGUCUUAGCGUAUGUAACUGAAUUUGCAGAAAUGGGAAGUCUUUCAGUUCUUCGCACAUUUCGGGUGCUCAGAACAUUGAAAGCGAUUUCAGUAAUUCCAGGUCUAAAGACAAUUGUCGGUGCAUUAUUCCAGUCAGUAAAGAAGCUUGCUAAUGUUAUGAUCCUGACCGUUUUUUGCUUGAGCGUCUUUGCACUUGUUGGAUUACAGCUGUUUAUGGGACACUUGAGGAAUAAGUGCAUAGUGAAGCCAGAUAAUAUGUCUAUGAUAUUUCAGACCGAAUGGACAAACAACAAGAGUAAUUAUUAUAUCCAGCAAGGCAAAAAAGAUCCAUUGCUUUGUGGAAACAGCAGUCAGGCUGGGAAAUGUCCAGAGGGCUAUAUAUGUUUAAAAGCUGGAGAUAACCCAGACUACGGUUACACAAGUUUUGAUACCUUUGGUUGGGCCUUCCUUUCUCUAUUUAGACUGAUGACACAGGAUUACUGGGAAUACCUUUAUCAGCAGACUUUGAGAGCAUCUGGGAAACCCUACAUGUUUUUUUUUGUCCUGGUUAUAUUCCUUGGUUCCUUCUACUUGGUAAACCUGAUUUUGGCCGUAGUAGCUAUGGCCUAUGAGGAGCAGUGCCAGAUGAACCUAAAGAAAGCUCAGGAGAAGGAGGAGGAAUAUAAAGCAGCCAUUGAACAGCUCAAACGUCAGCAAGAGGAGGAUGUUCAGGCAAUGGUAAAAGCAGGUACAAUAGUCAAUGGAGAGACCUUGGAGAAAGGUGGUGGAACAGAGAGUUCCUCGGAAGCAUCUAAGCUGAGCUCCAAAAGUGCCAAAGAGCGACGCAACAGGAGAAAAAAAAGAAAGGAGGAGGAAAAAGGAGCCAGGAAGACAUCUUAUUCAGAUUCAAUAGACAGCUUAACAGCAGCCCGUUUCCACUUCUCUAUUGAUGGACACCCAUUCAACUAUGACAUAAAACCUUCAACGAACCAGUCCUUUCUGAGUUUCCGUGGACAGCUGCUGCCAUCCAGGAGAAACAGCAAAACCAGCCUUUUCAGUCUCCAAAGCCAACCACAAGAUGUCACUUCGGAAAAUGAGUUUGCAGAUGAUGAGAACAGCAUUUUUGAAGGCAAGCUGAGUCGAAGGGGAUCCCUGUUAAACACCCCUAGAUAUAAUAGACACAGCAGCAGUGUGAGCCAAUGCAGCUUCUUACCGCAUCUCCAGUUUCAACCCUCUGGGAUCAGGCACAGCUCUAUAGACUGCAAUGGUGUUGUGUCUCUGGUGGAGGAGAACUCACUUCCAACAUCGCUACCUGCAGGGAUCCUUCCACCUAAUCUGACAAUAAAUAUGGCCUUCAAUGGAAACAAUGCUGACAGCACAGACACAGAAUCCAAACUUGCCAGCGGAGAAAACUACAUGGAUUGUUUGGACCUAACCAACAACUACGAGAUGAGACAGAGAGCAUAUAGUAUAGCUAGUGUCAUCACAAACACCAUAGAGGAACUUGAAGAAUCAAGACAGAAGUGCCCUCCUUGCUGGUACAAAUUUGCCCACAACUUCCUCAUCUGGGAGUGUUGCCCAGUAUGGCUGAAAAUCAAACAAAUAGUUAAAUUAAUUGUGAUGGACCCAUUUACGGACCUAGCCAUCACUAUGUGCAUUGUACUCAACACAUUAUUCAUGGCCAUGGAGCAUCAUGAAAUGGAAAAAUGGUUCGCCAACAUGCUGUAUGUUGGAAAUCUGGUGUUCACGGCCAUCUUUACAGUAGAAAUGAUCCUCAAGAUUAUUGCACUGGACCCCUACUAUUACUUUCAAGUGGGAUGGAAUAUUUUUGAUGCAGUCAUUGUCUGUUUAAGCUUGACAGAGCUUAGUCUCAGUGAUGUGAAAGGCAUGUCCAUUCUGAGAUCAUUCAGAUUGCUGAGAGUGUUCAAGUUGGCUAAGUCCUGGCCCACUCUUAAUAAACUCAUCAAAAUAAUUGGUAAUUCAGUGGGAGCUUUGGGCAACCUGACCCUGGUGCUGGCCAUCAUUGUUUUCAUCUUUGCUGUUGUGGGCAUGCAGCUGUUUGGAAAACGCUAUAUCGACUGUGUGUGUAAAAUCAAUGAAGACUGCAAUCUGCCUCGCUGGCACAUGAGUGACUUCUUCCAUUCAUUCCUCAUUGUGUUCCGAGUGCUUUGUGGAGAAUGGAUAGAGACAAUGUGGGACUGUAUGCAGGUGGCUGGGAUACCCCAGUGCCUCAUUCUCUACAUGAUGGUCAUGGUUAUUGGAAAUCUUGUGGUGCUGAACUUGUUUCUGGCCCUGCUGCUGAGUUCAUUCAGUUCAGACAAUCUGAUGAAGACUGCAGAUGACGAUAACGAGCUCAACAAUUUGCAGAUUGCAUUUGAUCGGAUACACAGAGGCAUUUCCUUCAUCAAGUUGAAGAUUGGAAGUUGUUGCAACAGUUUGUGUGUCAGAGAUAAAAAAGCGAGUGAAGACAAAACAUUUGGGCACAAUGGUGUCCCCAAUCAUACCAUUACAGACUUCUCUAAGAGUCGCAAUGGCGAAGUGACUGGAGUGGGCAAAAGUGGGGACAAGUACAUAGUCAACAGCAAGAGCGAUGAUUCCAUCAUGUCUUUCAUAAAUAACCCAAGUCUGACUGUGACUGUUCCCAUUGCUGCGGAGGAGUCAGACUUUGAAAUGCUUAAUACUGAGGACUUCAGCAGUUUUUCAUCCAACGUACCGGAAUUUCAUGUGGCUGUCGAUGAUGAUGAUGAUGAUGAUGAUGAUGAUGAUGAUGGAGAGUUCAGUGCCUCUGAGGGCAGUACAUUGGAUGAUCAGUCAAACAGAGAGCCAGCUGAGACUGUAGACCAUGAUUUUGAAGAAAUUAAGGAACCACAUGACUGUUUUACUGCAGGAUGCGUGCGGAAAUUUAAAUGUUGCCAAGUAAAUGUGCACGUGGGCUGGUGGAAGAUGUGGUGGACACUAAGGAAAACCUGUUAUCGGAUAGUCGAGCACAACUGGUUUGAGAGCUUCAUCAUCUUCAUGAUUUUGCUCAGCAGUGGAGCACUUGCUUUGGAAGAUGUGUACGCUGAGCAGAGAAAAACAAUUAAAGUAUUGUUGGAAUUUGCAGACAAAAUGUUUACCUUCAUCUUCAUUCUGGAGAUGCUGCUGAAAUGGAUGGCAUAUGGAUUUGCCAAGUAUUUCACAAACGCAUGGUGCUGGUUGGACUUCCUCAUUGUUGACGUCUCACUGGUCAGUCUUGUGGCUAAUGCUUUAGAAUUCUCAGACAUUGGUCCAAUCAAAUCUCUGAGAACCCUGCGAGCUCUAAGGCCUCUAAGAGCCCUGUCAAGGUUUGAGGGCAUGAGGGUGGUUGUCAAUGCCCUACUGGGAGCCAUUCCUUCCAUCUUUAAUGUGCUGUUGGUAUGCCUCAUCUUCUGGCUAAUCUUCAGCAUCAUGGGAGUCAACCUAUUUGCAGGAAAGUUCCACAGCUGUUUAAAUAAAACCACAGACAAACCUUUCAGCACAGAUGAAGUGAAAAACAAGUCAGAAUGCAUAAAGCUUGGGAAUGAGACUGCCGUCUGGAAAAAUAUCAAAGUCAACUUUGACAAUGUUGGAAUGGGCUAUCUUGCUCUUCUGGAAGUUGCUACAUUCAAAGGCUGGAUGGAUAUCAUGUAUGCUGCUGUGGACUCUCAAACCAAGCAAGAUGAACAGCCAGAAUAUGAAAUCAACUUGAAGAUGUACCUAUAUUUUGUUGUUUUCAUCAUAUUUGGGGCCUUUUUCACCCUGAAUCUCUUCAUUGGUGUCAUUAUAGACAAUUUCAAUCAACAGAAGAGAAAGUUAGGAGGUCAAGACAUCUUUAUGACUGAUGAGCAAAAGAAAUACUAUAAUGCUAUGAAGAAGCUGGGGUCAAAGAAGCCACAGAAACCAAUCCCAAGGCCAGAAAACACGUUUCAAGGAUACAUUUUUGAUUUUGUUACACAACAAGUGUUUGAUAUUAUAAUUAUGAUUCUUAUAUGGCUAAAUAUGGUAGCCAUGAUGGUGGAACAUGAGGACCAGGGCCCAAAACUGAAAAAUACCCUCAGGAACAUCAACAUAGGGUUCAUUGUCAUCUUCACUGGAGAAUGUUUGUUAAAGAUGAUCGCACUUCGCCAUUACUUUUUCAUCAAUGGUUGGAAUAUAUUUGAUUUCAUUGUGGUCAUCCUAUCAGUUGUUGGCACAUUUCUUGCAAAUGUGAUAGAGAAGUAUUUUGUCUCACCAACCCUUUUCAGAGUGAUCCGACUGGCUAGGAUCGGACGUGUCCUUCGCCUUAUUAAAAGUGCCAAGGGAAUUCGUACACUCUUGUUUGCCUUGAUGAUGUCACUUCCUGCCUUGUUUAACAUUGGCCUUUUGCUCUUCUUGGUGAUGUUCAUCUACGCCAUCUUUGGCAUGUCAAACUUUGCCUACGUUAAAAAGGAAAAAGGCAUUGAUGACCUUUUUAAUUUUGAGACUUUUGGCAACAGCAUGAUCUGUUUGUUUCAGAUUACCACAUCCGCAGGGUGGGAUAGCCUUCUAGCACCCAUCCUCAACAAGGACAAAGAUGAUUGUGAUACUGAAAUUGACAAUCCUGGUAGCAAUGUUAAAGGAAAUUGUGGAAAUCCUUCAGUGGGAAUUGCCUUCUUUGUGAGUUAUAUAAUUAUCUGCUUCCUUAUUGUCGUGAACAUGUACAUUGCAGUCAUCCUGGAGAAUUUUGGCGUGGCCACCGAGGAGAGCACUGAACCAUUAAGCGAGGAUGAUUUUGAAAUAUUUUAUGAGGUCUGGGAAAAGUUUGACCCUCUCGCAACACAGUUUGUGAAAUACAGUAUGCUGUCAGACUUUGCAGAUGCUUUAAACCCACCAUUACGCAUUCCCAAGCCUAACAAACUGGAGCUCAUCUCUAUGGAUCUACCAGUUGUCAGUGGUGACCGCAUUCACUGCCUGGAUAUACUUUUUGCCUUUACAAAACGUGUUUUGGGUGAGAGUGGGGACAUGGACAUUCUCAGGGCCCAGAUGGAGGAUCGCUUUAUGGCUGCAAAUCCAUCCAAGGUGUCAUAUGAACCCAUCACAGCCACCUUCCGCCAAAAACAGGAAAACGUGUCAGCUGCUGUUAUUCAGAGAGCUUUUAGACAUUAUUCUAGGACCAAGAUUUUUGAUGUAGUCAAUGUUGAUGUUGACAAGGAUGAAAAGCUGUCUGACAGAAAAGAUAAUUUUACAGGAAAACUUAAAGAAGUAUCUACUGCCGAUAAAGCUGAACUGCCACCUUUAAUGGACCCUCAGUCUUCAGGUAACAGUGUGACACCAAAUGGGAACAGCAAACACGAAAAGGACAGAAGUGAAAAGGAGGUUGAGGGCAAAGACAUCACAGAACAAGACAAAUGAGAGAAAUAUGGAAGUGCAAAACAGAUUUGAGGAAAUUAAGAAAAUGUUUACAACUUUUGAAAGGGAAUUCCUUCCUUUCGACAUUUUUUCAGAAAUUGGUACAAUCAUUUAAAGUAUUUUUAAAGACACUAAUUAUUGCUUUGAUGCCUAUUGCAGCCAACUCAACUAUCCACCGUCUCAUAUAUAUCCAAUUUGUCAGUAACUGACCAAUUUUUUGUUUUUGAAGAGAAAAGUAUUUCUUAUAUCUGUAUUCAUUUUGUCAUUCGGUUGCACUGGUUUAAGACCAGCCUUAAUUACUCAUAGUACGAAAAAUGUUUUCUAAAACCACUUGAAGUUCUGCAUGUAUGUUUCUCCAUGGCUAUGCAUGCCAAAGAGUACUGUUUUGACCAGGGUUUUUUCCAGUCCAACAUGUUUUAUGCUGCAAAACUCGAAAAACAUCAUGAAUACUGAAUUUGUGUGUUGAUCAGCAUCGGGACAGUAACCCUGUCAAAAAUAAAGCAAAAGAAAUUGCACUUUUUCUAAUCAUUGAAGACAUUGAUAUACUGUAUGUCUUCCAUGGUACACAGAUAUAUAACAAACAUGUUAAUUAUGCACAUCUUUAUUUCAAAUCCUUCCAUUAACUUGCAAUUAAAGAAAAUACUUAUUUGCCUAGGUAUUUACCUAAAGGAAAACUCAUUGACUGUUUGUUGCAGAGAAACUAAUGCUCUGCUUUGUUUCCACUUUGUGCUUUGACUACUCUAAAAUACAGGCUUUCCUACUUCUGUCUCUUGGUGUUGGUCCCUGAAUUUAAGCAAUCAUGAAAUCAGUUAAUAUUCUAAUGCUUCAUUUUAAACAAAAACUAAAUAUACUACCUAUGUUAUGUUGUAUGUAACAAGACAUUUGGAUAUGGGCUAUUCAUGUUAAAGCUCUGUGUUAGACUUCUGGUAGAAUUAGGGACAUACUGCGUUUUCCAGUUCAUCUCUCAAUCUUUAUCAUUGUAAAUAUCAAAGAUGGACUUAAUGGCUCAGGUUAUUAUGAAGACUCUCAAGGAAAUUGCAUUACACAUGUCAUGUGCUCAUAGCUAUUUCCUGCCUCUGUUUACAUUUUAUAUUGUUGCUUCUCACAACUGCCACAUUAAAUUGUACAUGUAUCUGGUGGGAAAGAAAGUAAAGUUCCACUGAUGUAAUUACUUUUGCAUGGUAAAAACUAUGCUAUACUUUACAGUCAGUGAAAGAGUGUUUUUGUUAUAUAAACAUCUGGUGAUUGUAUAUAUCUAUUCUAUUUGUAGUGUAUAAAGAAACUGCAUGCAAGACACUGUUGUAGCACAUUUUAUUAAAAGGGGGAUGAUUUAAAUAAAGGUUACAAGUAUA